AGGCUUCAAUGGCUCUAGUCCUGGUCCUGGUGCUCGUUCUCUCCUGUCUGCUUCUUCUUUCAUUCUGGAAGCAGAGCUCUGGGAGAGGGAAGCUCCCUCCUGGCCCUACUCCUCUCCCGCUUAUUGGAAAUGUCCUGCAGAUAGAUUUCAAAGAUGUCAGCAAAUCCCUGACAAAUUUCUCAAAAGUCUAUGGCCCUGUGUUCACUCUGUAUUUUGGCAUGAAGCCCACUGUGGUGGUACAUGGAUAUGAAGCAGUGAAGGAGGCCUUGGAUGACCUUGGAGAGGAGUUUUCUGGAAGAAGCACUUUCCCAAUAAUUGAUAGAACUAACAGAGGCCUUGGAGUAAUUUUCAGCAAUGGAAAGAAAUGGAAGGAACUCCGGCGCUUCUCACUCAUGACCCUGAGGAAUUUUGGGAUGGGGAAGAGAAGCAUUGAGGAACGCAUUCAAGAGGAAGCCUUCUCCCUUGUGGAGGAGUUGAGAAAAACCAAUGGCUCACCCUGUGAUCCCACCUUUGUCCUGGGCAGUGCUCCCUGCAAUGUGAUCUGCUCCAUUAUUUUCCAGAAUCGAUUUGAUUAUAAAGAUCAGAAUUUUCUUAACCUGAUGGGAAAAUUCAAUGAAAACUUUAAAAUUUUAAACUCCCCAUGGAUGCAGGUCUGCAAUACCUUCCCUGCUAUCCUUGAUUAUCUCCCAGGGAGUCAUAACAAAGUCCUUAAAAAUUUUGCUGAUAUAAAGAGUUAUGUUUUGGAGAAAGUAAAAGAACACCAAGAAUCCCUGGAUAUCAACAGUCCUCGGGACUUCAUUGAUUGUUUCCUGAUCAAAAUGGAACAGGAAAAACACAAUUGGGAGUCUGAAUUUACUAUUGAAAGCUUGAUGGCCACUGUUACUGAUCUAUUUAUAGCCGGAACAGAAACAACAAGCACCACCCUCAGAUAUGGACUCCUGCUCCUGCUUAAACACCCAGACGUCCGAGCUAAAGUUCAGGAAGAGAUUGAGCGUGUGAUUGGCAGAAACCGAAGCCCCUGUAUGCAGGACAGGAGUCAGAUGCCCUAUACAGAUGCCAUGGUGCAUGAGAUCCAGAGAUACAUUAACCUCAUCCCCAACAAUGUGCCCCAUGCAGCUAUCCGUAACAUUAGAUUCAGGAACUUUGUCAUCCCCAAGGGCAUGAAUUUAAUAACAUCACUGACUUCUGUGCUACAUGACGACAAAGAAUUUCCUAAUCCAGAGAUGUUUGAUCCUGGUCACUUUCUAGAUGAGAGUGGCAACUUUAAGAAAAGUGACUACUUCAUGCCUUUCUCAAUAGGAAAACGGAUGUGUGUGGGAGAGGGUCUGGCCCGCAUGGAGCUUUUUUUGUUCCUGACAACAAUUUUACAGAAUUUUAACCUGAAAUCCUUGAUUGACUCAAAGGACAUCGACACUAUCCCAGUUGCCAGUGCAUUUGGCCGUGUGCCACCUUCGUACCAGCUCUGCUUCAUUCCUCUCUGAAGAAGGGGAGGCUGCUUGGCUCCUGUUGUGCUGUCACCUG